ACAACUUACUAUUAUCGGCUUCUCUCCAGUCCUGUUAGCCGGAGGAUUCAAAACAUUCCCUUUCUGAAAUGGGAUUUAAAGAGGCGAUUCAGGAGCGCAAUUUAAAGGCGUGAGUGUGAAUGACAGUAAACAGGAGAGAGGAAGGAAACAAGUCAUUUCCUUCGAUUGGCUGAUUUUUCUUAGCUGGGUAUUUUUCGGUGUACGUGACGUCACGCACGUCGGUCAGCGAAUAUGACCGUGAGAAAAUGAAUAUAUAUGAAUAUUACUGUAUCUGUCCUUCACUGCUCUAAAAACACGAUGAGCUGAACGGAGCUUUACUACAGGAGACUCAGACCAUGAAUUACGUGGGUCAGCUGGCGGGGCAGGUGUUCGUGCAGGUGAAGGAGCUCUACAGAGGUCUGAAUCCUGCAACACUCUCCGGCUGCAUCGAUGUCAUUGUUGUCCGGCAGCCGGACGGAGCGCUGGUCUGCUCUCCAUUUCAUGUGCGCUUCGGAAAAAUGGGCGUCCUGAGAUCACGAGAGAAAGUGGUGGACAUUGAGAUUAACGGGGAACCUGUUAAUUUACACAUGAAGUUGGGUGAAAAUGGAGAGGCUUUCUUUGUGAAGGAGACUGAAGAUGAUCAGGAAGUGAUUCCGCCUUACCUGGCAACAUCUCCUAUUCCGUCUGACGGAGGCGUUAUGACAGGAUCAAGCAAUGAGAAUAGCUUAAUGAAGAAGAGGAGGAAGAGGAGGAAGAAGUGCCGAAUGGAGGAUGUGAAAAGAGAGGAGAGCAUGGAGUUCUCGGACGAGGAGCUGUUCAACAUGGACAUUAACAGCAGUGAGCAGUCCGAUCAGAACAGAGACCUGUCGAGUGGAGGAUCAUCCACUGGAAACAAACAAAAUACAAUUUAUGCUCACUCAGAUGGAGACUGGAGUCCUGUUCACAGUCCUAAUGCGUCUCGUCCGUGCAGCCCUAAGAGUGACUCUGAGCUGCUGUGUAAAAAUCACCAGGAGGAUUCGGCCAUGUCGUGGUCCUGGGGGGAAUUACCACAAACCGCCAAGCCAUCAUUUCUGCCAGCAAAACCAAACGUGCUGCCCUCGUGCCCACUGUCAAUCCCCGUCUCUAACAACACACAUUUCAGAGUCAUCACUGAGACGGACACACACCAACCCCACAGAAACAGGACAUUAUAUGCUGAUGACCAACCAAAUGCAGAGAAAGAGUGUGAAAAGCAGGAUAUGACACGAAGAGCUUCUAUGAUGUCAGAGACAGAAGUGGGAGGAGCAAGUACUGUGCCCCGCCCACAAAAUAAGACAGAAUCUUCUUUGAAAAGUAAAGAUAAGAAAAGCCGCCAUCUGGGUUCUGAUGGCGUGUAUUUAGAUGAUAUUAAAGAUCUGGAGCCGGAGGUGGCGGCACUUUACUUCCCUAAAAGUGGAUCAGAGCGUCAUGGCGAGGAUCGUGUGACCGUCUCUCCUCAGUCUAUGUGCAGCUCAGGAGCAGACAGUGGAGUCGACAGCUACGACCUGCCGUCCAUGGCCAUCUCUCUGUGCGGAGGCCUGACCGAAAACAGAGACAUCACUAAAGAGCAUUUCCAGCAGAAGUCUGUGUCCUUUCAGCAGUUUUCAGAUAAUCCAUCCAUCAUUAAUGACCCUAAUCUUGUGGUGAAGAUCGGCUCUAAGUAUUAUAACUGGAGCACCGCUGCACCGAUUAUGCUGGCCAUGCAAGCCUUCCAGAAACCAUUGCCUAAGGCCACCGUAGAGAGACUUACAAAGGAAAAAAUGCCCAGAAACCGAGGAAGAUGGUGGUUUUCAUGGCGAGGAAGAACAAGCAGCUCCAAGCCGGAUUCAGUCUCAGCGUGUGCUGCAGGAGACGAGAACAUCAAAAAUAGGAGAAAAGAAGAGUCCUCCUCCAGUGAUGAAGAUUUAUCUGCUAAACAAACACCUGCCCCUGUGCACACAGACCCCGCCCCUACAGGAGGGGGUGUGUCCUAUCAGAAAACUCUCCGCCUCUCUUCUGAACAACUUGUCAGUCUGCAACUAAAGGACGGUGCUAAUGACGUGGUGUUUAGCGUGACGACUCAGUAUCAGGGCACGUGCCGCUGCGAGGGAACCAUCUACCUGUGGAACUGGGAUGACAAAAUCAUCAUAUCAGACAUCGACGGCACAAUCACCAGGUCAGAUAAACUGGGCCACAUUCUGCCCACUCUGGGUAAAGACUGGACCCAUCAGGGCAUCGCACAUCUGUAUCAUAACGUCAGCCAGAAUGGCUAUAAGUUUCUGUAUUGUUCAGCGAGGGCUAUCGGUAUGGCAGACAUGACUCGAGGUUAUUUGCACUGGGUCAAUGAGAGAGGAACCAUGUUACCACAGGGACCCGUUUUACUGAGUCCCAGCAGCCUGUUUUCAGCACUGCACAGGGAGGUGAUUGAGAAGAGGCCAGAGAAGUUUAAGGUUGCGUGUUUGACAGACAUUAAGAAUCUGUUCCUCCCAAACACUGAGCCCUUUUACGCAGCGUUCGGGAACAGAGACACUGAUGUGUUUUCCUAUAAGGAGGUUGGUGUCCCCUUAAACAGAAUCUUCACUGUCAAUCCCAAAGGAGAACUGAUCCAGGAACACGCCAAGACCAACAUCUCAUCGUAUGUGCGUCUGGGUGAGGUUGUGGAUCAUGUGUUUCCGCUCCUGAAGCGCAGCAGCUCAUCUGAUUUCCCCUGCAGCGACACUUUCAGCCAGUUCACCUUCUGGAGAGAACAGCUCCCUCUGCUGGACAGACAGAUAGCAAACACCAUCAACACCACUUGAUGGACACUAAAAGACAAUGGGGUAUAUACACACAGAGUUUAGUUUUCAGUCAGCCAGCCCAAGCAUUUACAUUUACGCCAAAUCGCCACGUUUCAGAUCUGAUUUCUUUAAAUCUCAAUGAUCUUCACAGCCUGAUUGAUACACAAUAUAAAGUGGGUCUCAGACCAGAUAAAAAGCGCUGUCUUAAAUUCCAUUUUUCCAUGCCAUGUCUUUAAAAAAUGGACAUUUAUUUUACCCCAGUAUUUUCAAUGGAGUUUCUGCGUUCAAGCUACUGAUGGUGCUUGCUUUUAAAUGGUCUUUCAUCUCGUUUUACACUUGAACAACUAAAUGAAUGCUUAAGUCUAUUCAACUGAUUGUGUUUUAAUUACAUUAACACAUCAAUGCUGUAAAAGGAAGCUUAUGAAAUUGAAAACAGUAACAUAUACCUUUCACCGGACGUUUAUCACUGGCUGAAAACACUAGCUGUGCAUAUACCCUAUUACAGUCAGAAAAGGUGAACAUACUAAAGUCAGUCCAAAUAUAUAUGGAAAAGCACACACAUUACUUAUGUGUGUUUCUGGACCUCAGAAAUACUGCACUUUCUUUAAUAGUAUUAAUAGACGUGUUUGUGAUUUAUAGGAUAUUGUUAGUAGAUUUUUACAAAUUAGCUCAUAUAUAUAUAUAUAUAUAUAGUGGAUAUAUUUUUAUUGCAGUGAUCAACAAACUUCUGUUAGUGUGAGGAAGACUCAGGAGAUUGUGGAUCCAUUUGCAAUGCAAGUCAGAGAGACAGUGUAACACUCACUGAAACGGAUAACUGGGCUUUUAAAGCAGGCGUUGUCAAACAGAGCAAUGGUCAGGGCACACAGAGAGUUUUCAUAUAUGAGAAUCCAGGCGAGGGUCUGGGCUGGUGAUAGAGGUCUGGAUGCAGACCUGGUGCAAUGCAAUCUGAGCUGCAUCCAAUGCUUUUUAAUGUGUUCACCUAACCCUACCCCUCACAGUUACGCCACUAGCUCCAUUGAGUGCACUGUGUCUAAAUCUCAGCUUGCAACAAACAAGUCGGCAACCAGGAAAACAGUCCAAAGAAAUAUAUCAAAUGCUCAGAAAUGUCCGCUUAGCAAAACAAGACUUCACAAGGAACUGCGGUAGAAGUCUGUAUGUCUGUAUGUAUAUGUAUAU